GAAGUGACGCGCUCUCAGCGACAACGUAUUUCCGGUCCCCAGUGCUGACUCGGUCGCAGGGGGACAGACUUCUCUGGUUCGCUAACUCGGCUGUCCUGGAGGAUUCAUGCGCGUUUGAUAAGGUAACUUUGAUGAAAUCAUGACCAGGUGGGCACGAGUUACUACCACACGUAGCAAGAGACCUUUGGCUGCAACAUCAUGGGAGGACAUGAAGAAGGGGUCCCUUGAGGGAGAAGGCCAAAACCUACCAAAGAGUAAACAACUUGAAGCCAAUAGACUCUCUGCUAAAAAUGAUACGCCUCAAGCAAAACACAAAAAGAACAAAAAGAAAAAGGAGUACUUAAAUGAAGAUGUAAAUGGAUUCCUGGAAUACUUAAGGCAAAACCCACAGAUGGUUCAUAAUGGAGAGAGGAUAGCAACAGACAGUCAGGAGGUAAGGGAAGAAAUUGCAGUUGCUUUAAAGAAAGAUAGUCGCCGGGAAGGAAGAAGACUAAAAAGACAAGCAGCAAAGAAAAAUGCAAUGGUAUGUUUCCAUUGUAGAAAACCUGGCCAUGGAAUUGCAGAUUGCCCAGCCACCCUUGAGAAUCAAGAUAUGGGCACUGGAAUAUGUUACCGGUGUGGGUCCACAGAGCAUGAAAUAACCAAGUGCAAAGCCAAAGUAGACCCAGCUCUUGGUGAAUUUCCUUUUGCAAAAUGUUUUGUUUGUGGGGAAAUGGGACAUCUGUCCAGAUCUUGUCCUGAUAAUCCCAAAGGACUUUAUGCUGAUGGUGGUUGCUGCAGACUUUGUGGCUCUGUGGAACAUUUUAAGAAAGAUUGCCCUGAGAGUCAGAAUUCAGAUCGAAUGGUCACGGUUGGUCGCUGGGCAAUGGGAAUGAGUGCAGACUAUGAAGAAAUUUUGGAUGUGCCUGAACCACAGAAACCCAAAACAAAGAUACCUAAAGUUGUUAAUUUUUGAUAAUGAUUAGUACUAUCAUUAGUUACCACCUCAUUGUGAGCUACUCUGAACUGGGCCUACCUCACAUACUGGAGCUGAGCUCCCUUGGAGACCUGUGUUGUAGACAUCAGUAUGAUGUGCAUAUGGUCAGAUAGCUUCCUGAGUGCUGUCCAUUAAAGAGUGCCUCUAUCACUGGAGAAAAUCAUUGAAGAAAAGUAUAAGAUUUUUAAAUUGGAUUCUCUAAAAGAAUAUUUUUAACAGGUAGAACUUAGGUAUAACUAAGUGGUUACAUACUUGAUUGUAACACUCAUCUUUUUCUUAAAAACUAUGCAUUAAUGUGAACCACCCUUAAAGUAUAACUUUUGCGUUUAGAAAUGAAGUUUUGGUUAUAUUGUU